AUGGGGGAUGUUCCGCAAUGCGUAUUAUAUGAACAUGCUGUCGGAUAUGUAUUAUUCCGUGUUGCGGAAUUUGAAGAUAUUGGAACGAGUAUUCCUCAGGUGGAAGAGUGUAUCGCUGAUUUACAGCGGUUUCGUUCAAUUGUUAAAGUAGGAGCUUUCGAGCCUUUUAAAAAUACUGAGUCUGCACUGGAAAACUGUAAUAGCUUAUCGGAAGGUCACUUGCAUCCAGAUUUACUUAAUUUUCUGGAAGCAAAUUUGCCAAGGAAAAAAAAGAAGGUGGUUACACUUGCUGUUGGUGAUUCGAGAUUGGCUAGUGCCAUAAGCGAACAAAUUACUGGCAUAAAGUGUCAAAUUUCUGGAGUUGUGCCAGAACUUAUGCGUGGUAUACGCAUACAUUUCGAACAUCUUGUCAAAGACUUACCUCAUCACUCGCUUUCAAAGGCUCAGCUUUCACUCGGUCAUGGUUAUUCGCGGAAAAAGGUUAAAUUCGAUGUGCAUCGAGUGGACAAUAUGGUUAUCCAAUCAAUUGCACUAUUGGAUCAACUUGAUAAGGAUAUUAAUCUUUUCGGGAUGAGGAUUCGGGAGUGGUAUUCAUAUCAUUUUCCCGAGCUUUUUAAAUUGGUUCCUGAUCAGUUAAAUUAUGUGAAAUGUGCAUCCAUUAUAAUGGACCGAAAGAAUCUUGAUGAUGAGGUGGUCGGAAAACUGAACGAAGUUUUGGAAGAUAAUGAUAAAGUAGUAGAAAUAGUGGAAGCUGCACGAACAUCGAUGGGAAUGGAUAUUUCUGAUCUUGAUUUAUUUAAUGUUCUUCGUUUUGCAAAGCGUGUUGGUGAACUAACAGUUUAUCGUCAGGAACUUCACACAUAUGUCAAAGAGCGUAUGCAUUCAUGCGCGCCAUCACUUUCAGCAUUAAUUGGGGAACAGGUCGGUGCCCGUCUGAUUUCGCAUGCAGGAAGUUUAACAAAUUUAGCGAAAUAUCCAGCAUCAACUGUGCAAAUACUUGGAGCAGAAAAAGCGCUUUUUCGUGCACUAAAAACUAGAUCAAAUACACCAAAAUAUGGUCUCCUUUUUCACUCUUCUUUUAUUGGUCGUGCAUCUGCCAAAAACAAAGGUCGCAUAUCACGUUUUCUUGCAAAUAAAUGCACAGUGGCUUCUCGUAUUGACUGUUUCUCUGAUGUACCAGUGGCUACAUAUGGUGAACAUCUCAAACAGCAGGUAGAAGAUCGUUUGAAAUUUCUGGAAAGUGGUAUAAUUCCAAAAAAGAAUCUGGAUGUAAUGAAAGAAGCGAUUGAAGAAGCAGCUACUGUAAAAGUAAAGAUUUUGAAAAAGAGAAAGAAGGAAGCGAAAAGGGCUAAAAGAGCAGCUGAGCAACAAGAAGAUUUUGAUACUACCCAAGGGUCGAAACCAGAUGCUGAUACAAUGAAAAUAGAGGAUGAAAUUGUUAAGGAGAAAACCAAGAGGCCGAAGUUGGUGUUACAUGAAGAAGGCAUGGACGGUGGACAAAAGACAAAUAAUGAUGAAAGCGUCAUAAACAAUGGGCACAAAAAGAAAAAGAAAAGAGAAAGCUCAGACGUAAGGGAUGAGUCCAGACACAGGGAAGAAAGCGGAGUAAUGAAUGGAGAAAGCAGUUCAAAGAAAAAGAAGAAACUAAUGAAGAAAAAUGAUUCAGAAAUAACAGAAAGUGGUGAUAAUUUGCUUGAAUGUUCUAAGGGUGCACUCCUAACUUUAAAUGAGGGAGGGGAUCACAAAAAGAAGAAGAAAUAUUUGAUGGAGCAAAUGGAAUAA